AUGGUUACCAUUGAGAUUCUUACGGGGAUAAAUUUCAAGAAAUGGAAACAGGAUCUAUUGUUUGCGAUGGAAAUGGCAGAUGUUCAUACAUCCCUUGUUAUGGAUAAACCAGUAGAUUUAAAUGAUAGUAGUUCUGAUGAUGAUAAGUUGGUGCAUGCUGCAUGGAUGAAGAGUAAUCGUCUUUGUUUAUUGUCCUUGAAGAGAAAGAUUAGGGAGCACCUGAAGAGUGGCUUUCCUUCUUAUUGCACUACUAAGGAGUUGUUGGCUGCAGUGGCACAAAGGUACCGAGUCUCAUCCAAUGCUGAAAUAAGAACCAUUCUGCAGGAACUCUUCAACAUGACUUAUAAUGGUUCUGGAGGAGUUAGAGAUUAUGUCAUUAGGAUGGUUGACUACCAAACCAAACCCAAAGCCCUGAAUGUUUCACUGUCUGAUGCUGCUUGUAUUGUUCAUUAA